UCCGGCUCUCCGCGCGCAUGCCUAGGUGGCUACGGAGGAAAGACUUUUAAGACCCGAUUGGCAGAUUUUUUUUUGCUAAUCGCUUGGGUUUAAAGGUGCCUCCCUCCCUAGGGCUGGGCCGGCCUGAACAGGGGUAGUUUCAGUUUUUCAGGAGUUAAUGCGGAAGGGAAAUGAGGGCUCCUCUGUCCAGAUAGCGGCUCGCAUCUCCCGGGAUCCGGCCCUUCUCCUGUGGGCGGCUGCGCAGACCGAGCUCAGGAUUUUAGGUUGCCCCAGAAUUUUAUAUGAACUGAAAAGAGUGGAUCUAUGAAGUUUUAAAUAUAAACUAUAUAAAUAUCGAUAUUUGAUGAGAAACUUUCUUAUCUUAUGAAGAGAAGAUGAACAAAACAAUAACUUCAUCAACAUAUGUUAGAUGCCUAAAUGUUGGCCUGAUUAGGCAACUGGCAGAUUUUAUUGAUCCUCAGGAAGGAUGGAAGAAAUUAGCAGUUGACAUAAAAAAACCUUCUGGAGACAGUAGAUACAACCAAUUUCAUAUAAGGAGAUUUGAAAGCUUAUUUCAGAGUGGAAAGAGUCCUACUAGUGAACUACUUUUUGACUGGGGAACCACAAAUUGUACAGUUGGAGACCUUGUAGAUCUUUUAAUCAGAAAUGAAUUUUUAGCACCAGCACGUCUAUUGCUGCCAGAUAGUGUUCCAGAAAUUGUUCAUAUACUCCCACAAGAAGAAAUAGCGACUCAGAACAAAUUGCUGCCUCCUUAUGACAAAGAAAAGACACAUAUGAAACCCUUAUUUAAUCAGAAUCCUGAACAAAUCUCUUCACCUCUGAACUCUUCAAGUCCAGACAUGAAAAGUUUAGAAGUUAGUGAUACACGUUUCCAGAGUUUUUCAUUUUAUGAACUGAAAAAUGUUACAAAUAACUUUGAUGAGCUCCCUAUAUCAGCUGGUGGAAACAAAAUGGGAGAGGGAGGCUUUGGAGUUGUAUAUAAGGGCUAUAUCAAUAACAGAAUUGUGGCAGUGAAGAAACUUACAACUAUGGCUGAUAUGUGUACUGAAGAAUUAAAACAACAGUUUGACCAAGAAAUAAAAAUAAUGGCAAAGUGUCAACAUGAAAACUUAGUAGAACUACUUGGUUUCUCAAGUGAUAGUGAUAACUUCUGUUUGGUGUAUGUCUAUAUGCCCAAUGGUUCAUUGCUUGACAGAUUAUCUUGUCUGGAUGGCACUGCACCACUUUCCUGGUACACAAGAUGCAAAAUUGCUCAAGGUACAGCUAAUGGCAUCUAUUAUUUACAUACAAACCAUCAUGUUCAUAGAGAUAUUAAAAGUGCAAAUGUUUUACUUGAUGAGAACUUCAUACCCAAGGUUUCUGACUUUGGACUUGCACGAACUUCUGAAAAAUUUAACCAAACUGUCAUGACUAGUAGAAUUGUGGGAACGACAGCCUAUAUGGCACCUGAAGCUUUGCGAGGAGAGAUAACACCUAAAUCUGAUAUUUAUAGCUUUGGUGUGGUCUUACUAGAAAUAAUAACCGGACUUCCAGCAGUAGAUGAGCAACGUGAACCUCAAUUAUUGCUAGAUAUCAAAGAGGAAAUUGAAGAUGAAGAAAAGCAUAUUGAAGAUUAUAUUGAUGCAAAAAUGAAUGAUGUGGAUUCUACUUCUGUUGAAAAUAUGUAUUCUAUUGCUAGUCUUUGUCUUCAUGAAAAGAAAAAUAAGAGACCAGACAUUGAGAUGGUAAAACAGCACCUCCAAGAAAUGGCAUCAUUGUGAUUUCCUAAGAGUUUUAAGAUACUUUCUAAAUUAACCUUGAAAAUUGACUCCCGGGUUUGUUAGUCCAGAAAAAAAAAAAUUAACAUAGAAAGUUUUUGGAGUUUCAUCCUCUACAUCAGACCCUGUAUUUUUAAAUUUUAACUUAUUUUAAAUUUCUCUUGCUUCACAAGCUGGCUGUUAUAGUCAGACUUUGAGCCUACAUCAACUUGUACCUCUCUUUAGGAACAUUUUUUACCCUAUUAUAUUUGAAGUUUAAUAGAAUAAAAUUUAAAUUUUACUACAGUUCAAGUGGAUCAAAAAAAAUCCUUAAUUUUACAGUAUUUUUCCUCCUAUUAUGUAGUAUACAAUUAGAUUUGAUCUUGUUUGCUAUAGUAAAUAUGAUUCAAGAAAUAGUUUUCAUCAUUUUUUUUCUAUAUUUAGCAUAGAUGGUUAAUUUUUAAAGUUGUUGCAAAAGAAUUAAGGCAAACAAAGGCACAUUCAAUUCCCAGCACAUUCAGUUUAUUAGUAAGACUAUAAAUUACCAAUAAGAGGAUCUAGAUUUUUCAGUCAAAAGAGAUAAGGGUUUAUAGAUUUUAUGUGGGAAAUAGAAGAAAACAAAAGAUAGGAACCAUAAAGCUAUGGUUGCAAAUUCUGAAGGCUCAUAGAUGAUGGAUAAUAGCAUCAUUGAACAGAAAUCAGAAAUGCCGAACUUUCAACAGUGCGAAAGCCCCUUGGUGGUAUCCACUUGUGUGGACAUCCAGACUUUCAUGAAGGACAGCCAGAAUUACAAAGAUAACAGACUUUCUUACACUCACUUGGAUCUUUAUUCAGAGGAAAAAAAAAAAAAAAAA